AUGGCUCCGUCCGGGCGCCGACAGUACCUGUGGAUAUUCCUGGCCGCAGCGCUGGCGUCCUUCCUGGCUGGAUUUACAGUGGGUUGGCUUAGUAAGCCCCUCAAAGAUACGGCCACUUCAGCAGACAGUCACCAGAAUUUAAGGUGGAAACUGAUAUCUGAGAUGAAAGCUGAUAAUAUAAAAUCAUUUCUUCGUUCAUUUACAAAGCUACCUCAUCUGGCAGGAACAGAACAAAAUUUAUUGCUUGCCAAGAAAAUCCAAAACCAGUGGAAGAAAUUUGGACUGGAUUCAGCCGAGUUGGUGCACUAUGAUGUUCUCUUGUCUUACCCUAAUGAGACAAAUGCCAACUACAUAUCAGUCAUAGAUGAACAAGGAAUUGAGAUUUUCAAUACAUCAUACGUUGAGCCACCACCAGAUGGAUAUGAGAAUGUUAAGAAUAUUGUACCACCCUAUAAUGCCUUUUCACCCCCAGGCGUGCCAGAGGGGGAGCUUGUAUAUGUGAACUAUGCUCGUACUGAAGACUUUUUCAAACUAGAAAGAGAGAUGAACAUCAACUGCACUGGAAAGAUUGUUAUUGCCAGAUAUGGGAGAAUCUUCAGAGGAAACAAAGUUAAAAAUGCCGUGUUGGCAGGAGCCAAGGGAAUCAUCUUGUACUCAGAUCCCUCUGACUACUCUGCUCCUGGGGUACAGCCAUAUCCCAAAGGGUGGAACCUUCCUGGAACUGCAGCCCAGAGAGGGAAUGUGUUAAAUCUGGACGGUGCUGGUGACCCCCUCACUCCAGGCUAUCCAGCUAAAGAAUAUACCUUCAGACUUGAUGUUGAAGAUGGAGUGGGAAUUCCCCAAAUCCCUGUACAUCCCAUUGGAUAUAAUGAUGCAGAAAUAUUAUUACGCUAUUUGGGAGGAAUUGCUUCACCAGAUGACAACUGGAAGGGAGGUCUUAACGUGAGUUACAACAUUGGGCCUGGCUUUAUAGGACAUGAUUCUUUCAGGAAGGUUAGAAUGCAUGUUUAUAAUAUCAAUAAAAUCACAAGGAUUUACAAUGUAAUCGGAACUAUCAGAGGAUCUGUGGAACCUGACAGAUAUGUUAUUCUGGGAGGUCAUCGGGACUCUUGGGUAUUUGGAGGCAUUGACCCAACCAGUGGGGCUGCUACUUUGCAAGAAGUUGCCCAGAGUUUUGGGAAACUGCUCAGUAGUGGCUGGAGACCAAGAAGAACUAUCAUUUUUGCCAGCUGGGAUGCAGAAGAAUUUGGACUUCUGGGUUCUACAGAAUGGGCUGAGGAGAAUGUAAAAACACUCCAGGAGCGAAGUGUUGCUUAUAUCAACUCAGAUUCAUCUAUAGAAGGUAAUUACACUCUCAGAGUUGACUGUACACCCCUUCUUCAUCAGUUGGUGUAUAAACUGACAAAAGAGAUCUCCAGCCCUGAUGAUGGUUUUGAGAGUAAAUCUCUUUAUGAAAGCUGGUUAGAAAAGGACCCUUCAUCAGAAAGUAAAACUUUGCCUAGAAUCAGCAAGCUGGGAUCUGGAAGUGAUUUUGAAGCUUAUUUUCAGAGACUUGGGAUUGCUUCAGGAAGAGUCCGUUACACUAAGAAUAAGAAAACAGAUUCUUACAGCAGCUAUCCAAUAUACCAUACAAUUUAUGAGACAUUUGAGUUGGUAGAGAAGUUUUAUGACCCCACGUUUAAAAAGCAGCUUGCUGUGGCUCAGCUACGAGGAGCAUUGGUUUAUGAGCUUGCAGACGCUAAAGUCAUUCCUUUCAAUAUUCAAGACUAUGCAAAAACUUUGGAAAACUAUGCAAGGAGUAUCUAUAAUUCAUCCAGGACACAUGAGCAAGCGUGUAGAAGCCAUGGAGUAUCAUUUGAGCCCUUAUUUUCUGCUGUGAAAAACUUCUCAGAAGCCGCUUCAGAUUUCCACAGAAGACUUUCACAAGUAGAUCUGAAUAACCCUAUAGCAGUGAGAAUCAUGAAUGACCAGCUGAUGUUUCUUGAAAGAGCAUUCAUUGAUCCUCUUGGUUUACCAGGGAGGCCGUUCUAUAGGCACAUCAUCUUUGCUCCAAGCAGCCACAACAAAUAUGCUGGUGAAUCAUUUCCUGGCAUCUUUGAUGCUAUGUUUGAUAUUGAAAAUAAAGCAGAUCCUCGUUCAGCCUGGAAAGAAGUGAAGAAACACAUUUCUAUUGCAGCCUUUACAAUCCAAGCAGCGGCAGGGACUCUGAAAGAAUUCUUAUAG